AUGCCGCCACAUUCGAAUUCUCCUCUACUUCCCAUCUCCACGCCCACAGCCAUCGCAUCGCCAUAUGAGCAACCUCCUCCUCCUGCCCCUACAGCAGCGAACCAUGUUCAGCGCUUCGCCAUCACGACUUUCUCUCUCGCCCGUUUCGCCCGCGGUGUCUCGCUGAUAGCAUACCCACGCUUCGGCCUCUGGGCCCUCGACAUCGCACCCGAUGGUUCAGCGUAUAUGCUCGCCAGUCUAAUCGGCAUCCGCGAUAUUCUCCUCUCGGGUCUUUUGUACACGAGCGACACUACAAACGCUGCGACGGACUCGGCUGCUCGUCGCGAAGUGACCCGUGCGCUUGCGACCAAUCUGUUCAGCGAUGCGCUCGAUGCGUUUGUGCUGAUAUUCUACGCUGCGUGGUCUGAUGAUUGGGGGAAUCCGAUCGCGGUUAUUGUCAUCUCUGCUGUCAUGGCUAUCUUUGAGCAUCUGACGCUGUGGAGCUUGAGUGAGGAGGAUUGGGCUGCGCAUGAGUAUGGAAGCCUGGGCGAUGACAAGAAGGCGAGGAUGAAUGCUUGGCUAAGAGAGUUGGAACGAUACGGACCUGAGGAGUAUCGACCUGAACAAUCUGUUGGGCCAUCUUCGCGCGCAUCGUUUAGACAGUAUGGGGCUAUUGUUUAG